CUAUUCCGUAUGCAAGUCAUGUGACAGACAUAUCAGAAGACAAGUUUGCCUUUUAUACAGUGAAAAGAAAUGUCUUAAUUACGGAAUUUAGCACAGAAUAUAUUAAUGAACAUUAUACGACAUAUGUGAUUGUAAUGGCAGCUGCAGUGGAGAAAAAAGAGCACUUAUACAAGAUCCUAGUGAUCGGGGAACUCGGAACGGGAAAAACCAGCAUCAUCAAACGAUACGUUCAUCAGUUCUUUUCUCAGCAUUACAGAGCUACUAUAGGUGUAGAUUUUGCAUUAAAGGUAUUAAAUUGGGAUGCUGAUACAGUUGUCAGGUUACAGUUAUGGGAUAUUGCAGGUCAAGAACGAUUUGGUAACAUGACCCGUGUUUAUUACAAGGAAGCCGUUGGAUGUUUUAUUGUUUUUGAUGUUACAAGAGCAUCAACAUUUGAAGCUGUCACUAAAUGGAAAGCAGAUUUAGAUAGUAAAGUAACACUAUCAGAUUCAACACCUGUACCAUGUGUUUUACUGGCAAAUAAAUGUGAUCAAGCCAAAGAAGGAUUAGUAAACAACGUGUCUCAGAUGGAUGAUUUCUGUAAAGAAAAAGGUUUUGUUGGAUGGUUUGAGACGUCAGCAAAGGAAAAUAUAAAUAUAGAUGAAGCAGCUCGAUUCCUUGUGACUAGGAUUCUACAGAAUGACGAAGCAAUAGCCAAAGAUGAAGCAGAAACUGAUAGAAUAAUAUUAAAUGGGCCAAAAGAUUCCUCUUUGACAGAAAAGAAAGGUUGCUGCUCUUGACUUUCCAUACAUUUAAAUACUAUGUUACUGAUAGCCCUCCAUACAUUUAAAUACUGUGUUAUUGAUAGCCCUCCAUACAUUAUAAUGAUUAAAGCUACAUGCUGAUAGAUCUAUAUUUUGAAUGUUCAAGAUCAUUUUAUAGAAAAGAAGACGUAUUGUGCAAAUAUUCAUACAUGUAUUAUUUAUGUCAGUGACAGCCUACCAUACAUUGAAAUAAGUGUUUCAGUUAGACGAGCCAAUAUGACAACUGUCCACCGAAUCCAAAUGAUGUUGAUGUUAGCUCUUUAGAUAUAUUGUUUAUAGCAUUCAUUGUUUUUAAUGUUAACUGAAGUGUUAAUGUUUUAAAAUGUUGUUUAAGUUUUCUACAUAUAUAACAUGUAAAAUUUAAGUUUUUAUUCUUAGAGCUUGUAGAUAUACAUGACAAGACACUAUUCCCGAAAAUGAAGGGCUUACGUAUAUACCUUCAUACAAAGGUCACUAAGGACACCUAUCCAACCAUCAAGGUUUUUAAUUGGACUGAAUGUCCGAUACAAUUUUUUGAAAUUUUUAGUUUAUUAUUAUCAAUAGUCCACAAAAUUUUGUUCUUUCCGGUAAAGGAUAAUUUUCUCUAGGACUUAAUGUCACAAGAAAACCACCUAUUACCUUUGAAAAAUUCUGUUCAUAGCUUCAUUAAAUUAUAUCUGAAAGUAGAUCUUGUAAAUGUUUUAAUCUACCAUGUAUCUAUCAGGUUUUAAACACCCCCUUUAUCAGUGGCAUGUAUAAAUAUCAAGUUGAUCAAUUAGUUAACAUACUAAGAACCUAUGUGUAUAUUGGGUCAAAAUAGCUGCCAUUUGACAUUCAAAUGAUGAUAAAUGAUCAAUCAAUAAUCAAUCGGAAACAAAAAUAGAAGAUUAUAUUAUAAGUAAUUCAGGAACUGAAAUGCAUGGGUGCUAUGAAUAUAUAUGCUGUUUAUUGUAUGAAUGAGACUUUUAUUUAAGAAUUGAAUGCUUCUUUUUUGUAAUUUUAUUGAGGUGCUAUAAGUUUUGACUGAAGCAUUUUUUGUAUACAAAAAUAAAAUAUAACUUUAGAAAUGCCUUAGCCAAUCAAAAUUACAGAAUCUGAUGUAACUUCUGUGUAAUGUGAUAAUAUUUAGUUAUUGUAAGCAAUAAACUUUGUUAGUACACAUGCAAGACAUGAUGUUGAAUGUAUAUUUAUAAGACACCCUUUUCUAUAUAUUUUUUUGUUUGGUAGCUGUCUUUUUGAAUUAUAUCUUGUUUUUGGUAAUACUCAGAAAUUUAGAGCCUUUAGGACUUAUUUCAAUAGAAACAAUAUCUGCAUGUCAAGUUACUUCAUACAUCUCCUACAUUCACAACACAUAUUUUAAAGAAGGACAAAUUGAAACAAGGUUCACAUACGUAAACCUUUGGUUUGUUUGUCUGUUGGUAUUUAAUGUUUUUCUUUCAACUUCCUUGUCUGCCAUGUUUGUUUUGGUGGAGGAAACCAGAAUACUCUGGAAAGACCCACUGACCUUAAGAUGGAAAUCCUUGUCAUUUGAGAUUGGAGUUGAACUCACCUCGCUGGAGUGUGGAACUCACAACUUCAAAGGUUACCUGCAAAUUAGACCACUUAGCCAGUGAUCCCCAACUCUCAUAUGUAAACAGAUAUUUUCAAAAAGUUAUAUAUAUUGGUUUUUUUAAUUUUCGUAACAAUUUUUGUUUUCUUUUUAUAAAUAGAUUCAAAUGGCCAUGAAUAAGUUUGAAGUGUAAUUUUUAAUCACAGGAUCUGAUUUGAGGUAGAUAAUGAACUCUAGAAAUAAACAACAUUAAGGUCACUAUUGCAGUAAAACAGGGAUAAAAACAAUGUAUAUGUGUUAGUUUCUCAUUUGUAAAACAUGACAAUGGACAAUGUGUAUGCCAGAUUUUUACAAUCACUUCAUGUACCUAGAAAGUUGCCUUCCCAUGUCAACAUAUACAAUUUUACUGUAGAAAAAUUUGCAGUUUUACUUGUUGACUUUUCAGUUACUUUAUGUAUUUAAAAAAUUAUUUGACAUUUAAUACGUAUUCAAUUAACAGUCUCAAUGAGUUAAUUUUGGUCAGUUUAAUUUUCCUUCCUAGAACAAGUACUGUAAAUUCAGAAAUUAGUGGGUGCAUUUAUUAUUGCAAAUCACUGAUUACUGGUAAAAUGUGAGAUCUAAUUAAUGUGAUUGCUAAAAGUAUAUGAAGGAAGGUCACUACAGAAAUUAUCAAUUGGAGUUUAUAUUAUUGCAAACCUGAAACUGUCACAUUUUUUCGCAUUAAUUAAAUCAGUGUAAUAAUUUCACAUUUUACAGUACCAUCUAAUGAUAGUACUUUCUUCAUAUUAUCAUGUGAGAAUAAGCAAGAAUGAAUGUUACAAAGUUAUGGUUGUUUUUUAUAAUUUAUAAGAUAUUUAUAUAAUUUUAUCAUUAUAGAAAUUAUAGAGUGAAUUUUAACUAGCUUAUAAAUCAUGUAUAUAAUAUGAGGGUAAAAUUAUAAUUAUAUUAAUUGA